GUUGAUUUCUGCCCAACGAAGGAAGCACCUCUGAAAGUCUCUCGCUUUUGCUCCCGCAGCUUUUCAAGCAGACCAGGGCGGGAUGGGAGUGUCUUCUUGGCUCUGGAAAUCAAUCCUCCUACCUUGUCCUGAAUCCACCCGCCGCCCUUCCCGGGCCCUCCCAGCGCAGUGAUUUUCCUGUCCCGGACGCCCGGCUAGGGCGAGCUGCCGUCCGCCCCGCCCGAGAGCACCGAAGUCUUCACGCUUCAGAAGACAGCCUCCUGAGGCCUCCAAUCCCUCCCCAGCACCCUCUCCAAGUGCAGGAACCCACCCUAACAGUGCAGGCAGGCCAGCCAUGAGAGGAUACCUCAUCGCCAUAUGUUUGAGUGCUGUCUUCCUCUAUUAUGUGCUGCAUUGUAUCUUGUGGGGAACAAAUGGCUAUGGGUCACUACCUGUGGAAAUGAAGUGGAGAAGCAAGGUCCAGCCUUGUUUAUUAAAGCCAGCUUUUGCCUCUCUCCAGAGGUUUCACGGGCUUCAUCCAUUUUUGUGUGCAGAUGACUUUGGAGGAAUGCAUGAAAACAAUAAGUUUGCUAUGCCCUAUGGGAUAAAGAAAUCAAUGGAAGUCUUUCGAGUUGCUCUUGAAAAACUACAGAGUUGUGAUCUCUUUGAGUUUGACAAUGUAACAUGUAAAAAGUGUGUGGUGGUUGGUAAUGGAGCAGUGCUGAAGAAUAAGACAUUAGGAGAAAAAAUCGACUCCUAUGAUGUAAUAAUAAGAAUGAAUAAUGGUCCUGUUUUAGGACACGAAAAGGACGUUGGGAGAAGGACAACCUUCCGACUUUUUUAUCCAGAAUCUGUUUUUACAGAUCCCAGGCACAGUGAUCCUGAAACUACAGCGGUUUUCAUUGCUUUUAAGCCAAAUGAUUUAAAGUGGCUGAUAGAAAUAUUGGGAAGGAGAAAAAUAAAUACUAAUGGUUUUUGGAAGAAACCAGCCUUAAAACUGAUCUAUAAACCAUACCAAAUCAGAAUAUUAGAUCCUUACAUUAUUAGAGCAGCAGCUUACGAACUGCUUCAUUUUCCAAAAGUGUUUCCCAAAAAUCAGAAACCCACACACCCCACAACAGGAAUUAUUGCCAUCACGCUGGCAUUUCACAUAUGCCAUGAAGUUCACCUAGCUGGUUUUAGAUACAACUUUUCUGACCUCAAGAGUCCUUUGCAUUACUACGGGAGGGCCACCAUGGAUUUGAUGAAAUGCCUAUCACAAUGUGACUGCAGAACAGCUCUUUUUGAAGGACAUUAUAGAAAAAAAGUUGGUAAUCAGCUUGACUCAAGAUUGACCAUACAGAUUCAGAAGAUGCUGCUGAAAGAUGAGUGGAAUUGUGCCUCAAGGUUUGUAAAACAAAAGGCAAACGAAAAUAAAAGCAACAAAGUCAUAUAAGGAAAAGGCAAGGAAGCUGCAGAAACAGUUCAUUCCAAAGCAGAAGCAAUCUUCAAAUGCUGCGGUGCUUGUACAAGGAGCAAAACCAAUACUAUUUGCCGCUAUUCAAAUUUAGUGAAUUUAGUGACUUUUGGCAAUGUCAUAACUGGUGGCACAAACCAAGAGAGGUGAAUAGAACGUGAGGGGCGGGAUACUUUGACACUAAACUACAAACAGGUUUGUGGAUGAGGGAUACCAAGUUUUGUGUUUCUCAUAAUGGUGACCUUCUUGUGUUGUCUUGCCCGCCUACACCUACAGACAUCUGAAGAUGGUUUCUGUACUACAGGCUAAUCCACUACAAAAGAUACCUAAUUUGCCCUAUCCAAAACAAGUUCUGGGUAGGUCAUGUACAAGUAGUGACAAGGAAGUUUCUGGGAAGAAUCACACAGAAUCUAGAUGCUAUCUAUCCAUCUAUUUGUACAUCUGUCAACCACAUCUCACCUGAAGGGCUACUUAGGCCUCUUCCCGCAGAUAAAAGGCCAAAAUCACACAGUAGGGCAAAAUGCAUGUUGGCUCUUUCCUUUUUAUAGUGCCGGGGAUUGAACCUAAGGCUUCACACAUUCUAGGCAAGCACUAAACCACUGAGCUACAUAUAACUCAGCUUUUCUCAUUUUGAAAUAGGUUCUCUUAAGCUGCCUAGGUUGAUCCUGUACUCACUCUGUAGCCUACAAAGGCCAUGAACUUGUGAUCCUCUUGCCUCAGCCUCCCCAGUAUCUGGGACCACAGGCCUACACCACCAUGCCUGGCUCAUGUUGGGGUUCUUUUUCUUAUAAUAGUUUACUAAACUAAAAUGAAAAAUUAUUUGACUAAAAUUAUAGAACACCUUGUUACUCAAGGAAAAAAAUCCAUGUGCUUGUGUUUGUGAGUAUACAAAACAAGUGGUAAGUUCUCAUUUUGUAAUUGCUAAAAAUUGUAUAUUACUUCAUCAGAGCGAUCUCCUUUAUAGCUUUUCUAAACUGUUAACUGCUUCUCUCCUACUUCUACUCAAUGACACAAGAGGGCUCUGACUUCACGAGACUGACAAAGUUAGCAUCACCUGUUAAAAAAAAAAAAACCACCAUCAGCUUUUCUGAAUACAGAAUGGAACAAGCCACGAAGGGCCCUGGAUAGAA